AUGGUCGGGUCUUGCCUCAGGGUGAUAGAACCUUAUCGUACGCACGACACCAUCGAUCCAUUUUAUAUCAAAAAUUGGUUCGAGGCAAAUUAUGUGGAUGUCGACUACCAAGAUGUGUUUGGACCACAUUCUUCUUACGAUGAAGGGAGAACGAAUGGUAGAGACUUUCUGGAACAGUCAGCCUUGGGUGACGCACCAAAGGUUCUUCUCAAUGGAUAUGUUCUUGACGAUAGCGGUAUUAUUGUUGAAAAGUUUGAAGAAAAUUUAAUGCUAGAGGUGAUGCGCAUCACUCAUGAACUUCAGGAAGCCGUCAUGCAAGGCAAACUUCAUGACCGGCUGAAUGUGGAAAAUUGGAUCAUGGAGCAAAAGGAUGUUGUACCUCGAUAUAAUAAGCAUAUACUUAGGACCAUAUCACAAAAAAAUAUACUCGAUUUUACUAACGUUUUUGAGUGCGAAAUUGGAUCAUCACUCUCUGAUUUUAUUAGACUUGAGGAAUCGGAAAAAACGCAGUGCAUAACGAAAAGAAUGAGAUAUAUAAAAAAAACAGAUGUGGAUAACACAAUGCCCCUUACACUAUGGAUAGCUGUGGACCUCGAUACAGUACAUGGACGUCAAAUGGUGUAUAAUGCUUUGAAAUUUCUAAAGCGCAGCAAAAAGACGCGAAUUGAGCUACUGCGACCGCUACCUAUGAGGGUAGCGUCAAGAGCGUUAUCAGAACACAUGUGCGAGAACCGUCCUCCAGAGCUUAUUAUUCAAACGCUGAAGGCGAGCUCUACUCAUUCCUGUCAGCCAGAUAAGAUCGCCUGGGGUGGAAAAGCUUCUGAAGGUGUAUUCUUCACGGAAUCUUGA